UUGUCUAAAACGUCCUUAGUCAGACGAAGACGCCACAGUUAUUACAACACAGGAAACUUUACGUCAGAAGACUGUCAUUUUCAUGGUUAUAAAUAAAGGCCUAAUGUCAAGUACGAUCAAACAGUCUACACGACGAGAGCUAACAAGAGGACAACGUUCAACUACGAGACCUGACCUACAGUCGACAGGACAACAUGAAAGGUUUUUACGUGUUCUGUCUUGCCGCAUGCCUGUACGGCGCGCUGUUGGUGCCUUCCUCGGCGCACCCCUCGCCCUUACACCGAGGAGAGAGACAUCACCACGACCAGGACCUGCCCCCAGAUGUAGAGCUGAUCAACUUUGAUGACGUUUUCGGUGUGCCAGAGGACCCACUAAGCGAAGAGAUUGAAGGUACGGAAGACGACGGACCGUAUCAGGAGCCCCUGUCACCGCUACCACCACGAUUAAACAUGAACGACGGAAUGCUCUACCUGCAACAGUUCGGGUAUUACAACAUGUCGGAGGACACCACGGGCAGGCUGGGAAGUCUGGGUACCGUCAGUCCCAUGAUGCGUCGCGCGAUCAUCAACUUCCAGCAGUUCGCGAACAUCCCAACAACAGGUGUCCUUGACGAAAAGACUGCAGAGAUGAUGAAGAUGCCACGUUGCGGCUGCCCUGAUGUUGUUGCACCCCCUAGCGGCCCUGUGGCGCGCUACACCCAAUUGGGCAGCAGAUGGCAAAAGAACGACCUGACCUACCGCAUCAACAACUUCACUCCUGACCUCCCCCGCGAUCAAGUGGUAGAUGCCAUUGCCCGCGCAUUUGACGUGUGGGCCCAGGUGACGCCCUUGACCUUCAGACGUGUUUCCGGUCCAGCUGAUAUUGAGAUCCGGUUCGCCGCCGGUAGCCAUGGAGACGGCAACUCCUUCGACUCCAGGGGAGGCGUCCUGGCGCAUGCGUACCAGCCUGGAGGAGGCAUCGGCGGAGAUGCUCAUUUUGAUGAGUCGGAAAUCUGGCAAAUUGGAGGACCGAAUAUUGCGUCCCUGAGCGGUACUGACCUGUUCUCGGUGGCUGCUCAUGAGUUCGGCCACUCCCUCGGGCUGGGCCACUCCCAGGUGAACUCCGCGCUGAUGGCGCCUUUCUACCGGUACCAGCGGAGCCUGCGUCUCGAUAGGGACGACAUCAGCGGGAUACAGAGUCUGUACGGAGGUCCUCGACCGGAACCUCGUCCCAAGCCCACUCCUGCACCUCGUCCCCAGCCCACCAAGCCUCCUGUGAACCCACCGCCCCCUGGCGGAGAGGGCGAUGCUGACACCUGCAGCGGGAAAAGUUUCGACGCCUUCACACGUGUGGAAAAUGGCACCAUGUACGCCUUCAGAGGGAAGUACUUCUGGCAGCUGACCGAGAGAGGCGUGUCGUCUGGAUACCCACAGCUGAUCAAGAAUGUCUGGAAGGGACUGCCGGGAAAUCUGGACGCGGCCAUGUUCUAUGAGAUCAACGGGAAGACAUACUUCUUCAAGGGAGGCCAGUACUGGCGGUUCACCGGUGACAGCAUGGACAGUGGGUACCCCCGCUCCAUCAGUGUCUGGCGCACUGUGAGAGACAUCGACGCUGCUCUGUACUACGGAGACUGGGACGGCAAAACCAGAACUUACUUCUUCAAAGACGGACAGUACUGGCGGUACACCGGCGGUGCCCGCGCCAGUGCCGACUCCGGCUACCCCCGCUCCCUCAGCCUGUGGCGUGGCUUCCCCGCCCGGAUAGACGCCGCCUUCUCCAGCACGGACGGCUCCAGGUACAUCUUCCGUAAGGACCGCUACUGGAAACUGGCAUCGAACCGCGCUGCUGUGGACACCAAUGGGGGCUAUCCGCGUAGUGUGGCCACUGACUUUCUGGGUUGCGCUAAAACCCUUUUAGAUCUAGAGCUCGAGCCUGAAGCCGUACACGUCAUAAUCCAACCAGUGUGGGAUUUGACUUGUGGUAUAUAUUUGCGGGCUGAAGUCCUGCGGUCACAUUUGGCAGAGCGAAGUUGGUUGGUACGAGUUGGAACAACUAUGCGCGGGUUACUAGUGGUGCUACUCCUGGCGCUGUGCCUGUCUGUACCGGGCCACGCCAGGCCGACCCGACGGUGCAGACAGAGAGGUGCAGAGUCAGGGAGUGUCAGAGCGGUUUUCAGGGAGAAGAUUUUCGUGGGGAAUCCUGAGGACCUUUCCGAGGGCGAAGACGAAGGUGAUGCGAGACUGAGUUCUGAGGAAGCCGACGAGCUGUGUGAGGAGGACGAUGACAGAUCGGAGUGGACGGAAUCUGAGGAGUGGGGGGAAGACGACUGGGCCGAGCUCGAGGAAGAGGAAUGGGGUGACAUGUCUGACGAAAACUGGAACGAAGACAUGGGCGAGGAGUGGGAAGAGGUGUCGAACGAGGAAAGCUCAGAGUCGAGCGAGGAAAGCUCAGAGUCGAGCGAGGAAAGCUCAGAGUCGAACGAGGAAAGCUCAGAGUCGAGCGAGGAAAGCUCAGAGUCGAACGAGGAAAGCUCAGAGUCGAACGAGGAAAGCUCAGAGUCGAACGAGGAAAGCUCAGAGUCGAACGAGGAAAGCUCAGAGUCGAACGACACAGAUUCAUCAGAGUCGGACGAGACGAGCGAAGUGAGUGAGGAGUCAAGCGAGGAAGUCUCAAUGUCAGACGAGACGAGCGAAGAGUCUUCAGAGUCGAAUGAAACAAUUGAAGACAUCACAGUAUCACCCGAUGCAGAAAACACAACUGAAGAAACAACAGGCCCCGAGACGCCUGUAAACGAAGAUGAGACGCCUGUAGACGGGGAUGAGACGCCUGUAGACGGGGAUGAGACGGAGCAGGAUGAGGAAGAGCGGUCCGCCCCACUGCCAAUGACUCGGAGCGCCGCCCAGUUUGAAAGCCUUUCUGAUAACCGUAUUCUCAUCGCCAACCUUACAGAUGGCAUGAUGUACUUGAGAGAUUUCGGCUGGUUCGAGCCGGAUGAGCGGUUUGACAUGAUCGCGGACACAACGACCCUGACUCCGGUCAUGCGCAGAGCCAUCACAAACUUUCAAAAGUUCGCCGGUAUCCAAGAAACAGGUGAACUUGACGAGAAGACGAUGGAGAUGAUGCGCAUGCCCAGAUGCGGUUUUGCGGACACGGGCGGGAAGCUGGCCUCCUACACCACCCUCGGGAGCCGGUGGAGGAAGAACGACAUCACCUACCGUAUCCUGAACCACACCCCGGACCUGCCACAGGCGGACGUGGAGAGGGAGCUGAAGAAAGCUUUAGAAACGUGGUCAGAGUACACUCCGCUGCGGUUCCGCAGACUGACAGGUAACACUCGGUCCGACAUUGAGAUCAGCUUCGCGGCGUUCGGCCACGGGGACGGCAACUCUUUCGACGGAGCGGGCGGCACCCUGGCGCAUGCGUACGGCCCGGGCAACGGUAUCGGCGGCGACUCCCACUUCGACGAGUCGGAGACUUGGACCAUCAACAGGGGAAGCAGCCGUCCCAGAGGUAUCGAUCUGCACCAGGUGGCUGCUCAUGAGUUCGGCCACGCCCUCGGCCUCGGCCACUCCCAGGUGAACACCGCCCUGAUGGCGCCGUUCUACCGGUACCAGGCCGACUUCCGCCUGCACGGGGACGACAUCAGGGGCAUCCAGAGGCUCUACGGCACCCCACCGCGUCCCACAAACCGCCCACCCCCACCCCCGGAACCGACGAACGGUCCACCCCCACCGCCAGAACCUACCAACGGUCCACCCCCACCGCCGCCCACUCUGCGCCCACCCCCACCCCCUGGUGGUGACAAUGACGCCAUGACGUGCAGCGGGGAGAAACUGAACAGCGCAGGCGCGGACCCCGGGUACCCCCAGCUGAUCGCUGACGGGUGGGAAGGCCUGCCUGCUGGCAGGAUAGACGCCGCGCUGUACUGGCCGCCCAACAGGAAGACUUACUUCUUCAAGGGUGCCCAGUUCUGGCGGUUUGGCGGCACCAGUCCUGACAGCGGCUACCCCCGCUCCAUCCGCCUCUGGCGUACCGUGCCUAACAUUGACGCUGCGCUGCACUACGGAGAGUUUGGGGAUAGAAUCAGGGCCUACUUCUUCAAGGGUGGCCAAUACUGGCGGUACACCCAGGGCCCCAGGAGACUGGACCGAGGCUACCCGAGGUCACUGACUGCGUGGGAGGGCUUCCCGGACCGCCUGGACGCGGCUAUCAAGUGGACGAACGACGUGAACUACAUCUUCAAGGGUAACCAGUACUGGAGGCUGGACAACGGCGUGGCUGUGACCGACGGGGCCAACCCGCCCUACCCGCGCAGCGUGGCUAAAUACUGGAUGGGCUGCUAA